AUGCUGGCUUCUCGUGCUCGAGUCCUGCCGCGUCUCUCUCCUCUGGCUAGGCAGGCCACGGCUGCUCGCCGCUCCAUGGCCGACCAGCCAAACUUGUCGCCAUCCUCUUCGCCUUCUACCUCUCGACCUGCCCAGCCAGCUCCUGCUUCUGCCGUUCCUGUUGCUGCACCCACCACUCAGCCUAGACCUGUUGCCUCGCCACAAGCCAUUGCCACUCCUCAGCAGCAACCUAUGCCCAAGAUGCAGGAUGGCUACAGUGGCCUCUUCUAUCUAUCUCUACUCGGCGGCUUGGUCGUCACUGCUCCCAUCAUUACUUACUUUUAUUGGGAGCACCGCAAAACUCACAUGAGGCAGAAGAAGGAAGCCAUUCUGAGCGACAUUCACGCAAGGGUCGGCACUCCUAAAUGA